ACCACUGGAGUGCGCAGUAUGAUCUUCAAUCCUGAUGGGAAAACCCUGCUUUGUGGCUUGCAUGAGAAUUUGAAAGUUUUCUCAUGGGAGCCAAUCAGAAGUCAUGAUACUGUAGAUGUGGGGUGGUCUAAACUAUCAGAUAUGAAUAUCCAUGAAGGAAAGCUUCUAGGAUGUUCUUAUAAUCAGAGUUGUGUUGGAGUUUGGGUUGUAGACAUUUCGCGGAUUGAACCAUAUGCAAUUGGAAAAACUGCUCGAUUAACUGAUGAUAAUGAUGCAAAAUCAAAUUCUGGUGGUUCAUCUGUAACCACAGAGGACAAUGUGAAGGCCAAUUUGGGCAGGCUUUCUCUUUCAAAUAAUGCUGAUGUGGUGAAGGAAACUAGAUCUCUAACAAGGCUCUCUGUCCCCCAAAAUUCAGAUAAGGAUUCUAAAUCAAGUGCAUCUCCUCCAAUCACUCCUCAAAAGUCAAAUAUCAGUGUGGUUUCAAAGACACUGCCGGCCAAUGCACCAUCAAUUUCCAGUUCAACAAACCCGAAGCGACAAGCCCCAAUCAGUAGCAAAUCUCUUAUUCAACAGAUCUGAUGUAAUACCUGUGAUUGUGCCAAGAAAUAAUUCUAGAGCUGAGCAAGUUACUGAAUUUAGAAAUGAAGAUGCCCCAGUUAAAGCUGUACCUUUGCAUUUACAGUCCAAAACUUCUGAUGUUAGUAAAAUUAUUAACACCAGAGAUGUUUUGGAGAGGACUAAUAUUCCUACUCUAGAGUAGCAUUUUCUC